GAAUGUUUUCAUGCGAAUAAAAGAAUGUCUAAAUAAGACAUGCGCGUCUCGCAAUAUCUCAGUCGUGAUCACGAUGCAGCUCUCGACUAAACUCCUUAAUCGUGACGGCACCCCGGGUAAUUUUGAUACGGGUUCUCGAGCCGUUUUGGUCCCUCAGCUCGGUCCGACAUAUUUGCCCUCUGGACGGACGCAUCGAGUAAUCGUUGUGCCACAGACACGCACUACAGGUAUACUACGUCUUCUCUCCUCGCCUUCGAACUUGCAUGGUUCGAAGGGUCAAGCAGAACUUGUGGACGAACCUUACGAGAUGGUCGACGGUAAGAUGCUCAGUCCACAGAACUAGCUUUGCGAAUACACGCACACCGAGAACAGCACUAGGAGCUCUCGCGCUUCCAUACUAUUUCUGUGGGAAUUCGCCACCGGGACAUGCAAGUACCAUAGUACUGGCGCGACAUUACUAUUCCUUAUGCACUGCGCAUGCUCGACUGUAGAGACCGUGUCUUGGGCCGCGCACAAACUCUGGCAGGACAUGUCAUCAAUCUGAUCUUCCCGCGCCACAUUAUUG